AUGGUGCUCACCUACUCGUCUGAAGCUGAGAGAUGGGAUGACAGACCGAGGGAAAGGCGGCGAUGGAAAAAGGGAGGUCAAUGGGAUUUGCAUAGAACCGCAUCAUCCAUGAGGGGUAGCACAUUGUUCAACAAGUUGCUGCAUUUGAUUGUCAGCCCCUCUUCUAUAGGUCCUGAGCUGAUCGCUGCUAUUGAUGGGAAAGGGAAGACACGUAAGGUCCUCCACUGGGACCAGAAUCAUGGUUUUCCUGUGUUUGUGGGUCAAUCCAAAGGGCUUUUGCAUUGCUUGAGUGUGAGCGGGCAUCCAGAUGGCAACUCUUGCCCUAUGACUGAGCUAUCCGUUUGGGUCCUUGAGAACUAUGAUGCAGAAGAAUGGAAACUGAAGCACACUGUGAGCUUUUCGGAGCUGUUUGGGAAAAAGAGUUGCCAUUUUGGAUCCGACUACAAUGUGAUCACCAUUCAUCCUGAUCAGAAUUUGGUUUUCUUUGUUCAGCAUUGGGACUAUAAGCUGAUAUCAUAUGAUAUUGAUCGUAAGGAAGUGUGCGCUCUCUGCACUGUCGGAGGUUACUAUGGGUUUAUUGCUCCUUACGCUCCCUAUUUCUCUGAAACACCAGUGCUCUCAAAGAAGCGCUGA